AUGACAAGAAUCGUUUUCUUUUUAUUCAUUUUGGCCACGCUGAGUGUUCUGGCAAACUGUGCACGUGUACGCCCUCAUGUUCAACCUCUAAAUCCAGAAACAGAUGACAUAAAUUCAACUGCACCAUCAGUCUCACGAUCAAGCCCAGAUUGCACCAAGGCGAUUUAUGCAAUGUCAGACUGCAUCCCUUUUCUGAGUGAAGGAAUUCAAACCACAGCACCCGAGCGUUCAUGCUGCUCUGGAUUUGAAACUGUGGUUAAAAGUGGUCCGAAUUGCGUAUGUCAAUCCUUUGAGAGUCUUGUAACCCUGGGUAUUCGUAUGAAUAUGACAAAGGCCAUGACUCUUUCUUCGGCUUGUAGGAUCAACAAUGCACCUACUCUAACUAAUUGUAACCUUCCCAUGCCUCCUGGUUCUGAUGUUCCUGCUAUGUCUCCAAAAUUGGUGAGUCCACCUUCAAAAUCACAUCCAAAAGUCAGUAUAGUUCCUGCAACCUCAGUUGUCAAAGCUCCAGUAACAUCUCCAGUACCGUCUCCAAGCAGCUCUGGAUCUUAUUUAAUAUCCGCGAAACUUGCCCUCACUGCUCUAAAUAUACUUGGGGGCUGCUUCAUUGAUGUAAUGUAA